UCUUCCCCUGAAAGCUGGCGAGGCGCGCGCGCUCCCGCGGCACGCCGCGCCUCCGCCCUCCGCCCGCCAACCCGCUGGUCCAGUCCCUCUUCGCGCCCGCUUGGCUCCGCCCCCUUCCCAACUCGCUCCUCCCCCAACAGACUGGCGGCGCGCGGAAAACGCGUCACGUGACGACUGGCCCCGCCUCUUCCUCUCGGUCCCAUAUUGAACUCGAGUUGGAAGAGGCGAGUCCGGUCUCAAAAUGGAGGUAAAACCGCCGCCCGGUCGCCCCCAGCCCGACUCCGGCCGUCGCCGUCGCCGCCGGGGGGAGGAGGGCCAUGAUCCAAAGGAACCAGAGCAGUUGAGAAAACUGUUUAUUGGUGGUCUGAGCUUUGAAACUACAGAUGAUAGUUUAAGAGAACAUUUUGAGAAAUGGGGCACACUCACAGAUUGUGUGGUAAUGAGAGACCCCCAAACAAAACGUUCCAGGGGCUUUGGUUUUGUGACUUAUUCUUGUGUUGAAGAGGUGGAUGCAGCAAUGUGUGCUCGACCACACAAGGUUGAUGGGCGUGUAGUGGAACCAAAGAGAGCUGUUUCUAGAGAGGAUUCUGUAAAGCCUGGUGCCCAUCUAACAGUGAAGAAAAUUUUUGUUGGUGGUAUUAAAGAAGAUACAGAAGAAUAUAAUUUGAGAGACUACUUUGAAAAGUAUGGCAAGAUUGAAACCAUAGAAGUUAUGGAAGACAGGCAGAGUGGAAAAAAGAGAGGAUUUGCUUUUGUAACUUUUGAUGAUCAUGAUACAGUUGAUAAAAUUGUUGUUCAGAAAUACCACACUAUUAAUGGGCAUAAUUGUGAAGUGAAAAAGGCCCUUUCUAAACAAGAGAUGCAGUCUGCUGGAUCACAGAGAGGUCGUGGAGGUGGAUCUGGCAAUUUUAUGGGUCGCGGAGGGAACUUUGGAGGUGGUGGAGGUAAUUUUGGCCGUGGUGGAAACUUUGGUGGAAGAGGAGGCUAUGGUGGUGGAGGUGGUGGCAGCAGAGGUAGUUAUGGAGGAGGUGAUGGUGGAUAUAAUGGAUUUGGAGGUGAUGGUGGCAACUAUGGCGGUGGUCCUGGUUAUAGUAGUAGAGGGGGCUAUGGUGGUGGUGGACCAGGAUAUGGAAACCAAGGUGGUGGAUAUGGUGGAGGUGGAGGAUAUGAUGGUUACAAUGAAGGAGGAAAUUUUGGCGGUGGUAACUAUGGUGGUGGUGGGAACUAUAAUGAUUUUGGAAAUUAUAGUGGACAACAGCAAUCAAAUUAUGGACCCAUGAAAGGGGGCAGUUUUGGUGGAAGAAGCUCGGGCAGUCCCUAUGGUGGUGGUUAUGGAUCUGGUGGUGGAAGUGGUGGAUAUGGUAGCAGAAGGUUCUAAAAACAGCAGAAAAGGGCUACAGUUCUUAGCAGGAGAGAGAGCGAGGAGUUGUCAGGAAAGCUGCAGGUUACUUUGAGACAGUCGUCCCAAAUGCAUUAGAGGAACUGUAAAAAUCUGCCACAGAAGGAACGAUGAUCCAUAGUCAGAAAAGUUACUGCAGCUUAAACAGGAAACCCUUCUUGUUCAGGACUGUCAUAGCCACAGUUUGCAAAAAGUGCAGCUAUUGAUUAAUGCAAUGUAGUGUCAAUUAGAUGUACAUUCCUGAGGUCUUUAUCUGUUGUAGCUUUGUCUUUUUCUUUUUCUUUUCAUUACAUCAGGUAUAUUGCCCUGUAAAUUGUGGUAGUGGUACCAGGAAUAAAAAAUUAAGGAAUUUUUAACUUUUCAAUAUUUGUGUAGUUCAGUUUUUCUACAUUUUAGUACAGAAACUUUAACAAAAUGCAGUUUCGAAGGUGUUUCCUUGUGAGUUAACAAGUAAAGAAGAUCAUUGUUAAUUACUAUUUUGUAUGAAUUUUGCUAAAGUUAACUGUAAAGAAACACCUGCUGACUUGCAGUUUAAGGGGAAUCUAUUCUCCCCAUUUCCAAACCAUGAUAUGAAUGGGCGCUGACAUGUGGAGAGAAUAGAUAAUUUGUGUGUUUGCAAUGUGUGUUUUAGAUAAAUAGGAUUGGGUAUUUAAAUUAGCAUUUGUGAAUUUAAUAGCAUUAAGAUUACCUUCAAAUGAAAAAAAUCUCAAAAUUCCUAUUUGGUUUUUGUGCAUUUUCUUUUAAAAUGUAAUCAUAUGAUUUUAGUGUGUUAGACUUGCUGAGUCCCAGCUGUGUUUAGAACAUCUCUAUUCUACAUUUACCUUGGUCAAAUUUGAACUGCUGCCAUAGGUUUUGGGUGUAAAGAAUGUUUACUGCCCUCCAUUUAAAUUCUGAAAAGGGAUAGUGGAUGUUUUCCCUCUCCUACGUUAGAAACCAUUCUUAAAAACUUUUGAAAAUAUAGAACCAUUAAGCCUGCUAUAUCUGAGCAAAUUAGUGGGUACCUUUUUUUUCUUAUUUAAAGCACAAGAGGCCCAUAAAUCUUGAGUUACUUUCCUUAAAUUCUUUUUUUUGAUACAAGUUUUCAGAGCAAGAGAAUAAAAAUCAUGUGUUAUUAAACCCCUAACUGGCUGGCAUGCUUUCCUGUUCGUAUUCUAUACAUUUUGCUGGAUGAAACCAAGGAUAGUUUAGGUAUAAUUGUCCAAAAUAAUCUAACUGCAGCAGAAAUGUAGCACAGUUGCUUAGUACAGGCUUCUCACUUCCUACAGACCUGAAUUCAAAUUUGGAUAGUCUGAGUUCUUAAAUUCCCAAAGAACACACUGUUAUUUCUUGUGUAUAUUUCAACAUAAAUCAUGUUGUUACCAAUUUGUUUGGAAGGCCCUGGUUGAGAAGAGUUUUAGUUAAUAAGGUCAUAUAUACAUAUAUUAAUAUAAACCAAUGUCUACUGUUUUGCUCCAGCUAGUGCUUACAAUUUCAUUCGAGCCCUGAGUAUGUGCCCUGCUGUUACUCUCUUUGGUAGUUGAACGUUGAAUUCAAGUCUUUUUGUUUUAAGAAGUACUAAGCAAACAAGCAAUAAAAAGGGGAAUGGGGCGUGCUAGUGUUUGAAUAUGCUCUCUUGUUGCUCUAAUUCUGUGCCUCUGUGCAUUAAUAUUUGGAUGCAUGCAAUGCCAGCAUGGAAAUUGGUCUUCACACAUACUGCAGUUUUCCAGAAACAUUCACAAACCAAUAAAUGUAACAGACAUUCCAUUUGUUAAUGGGCAUAUAUGUGAAAAGCAGUGUAGAAAAUAGGCUAAUAUUAGAAAAUGGUUAAGUCCUUAAUAACUUCAAGUGUGGUUAUAUAAUGGACACUGUCAAUGUUCAUAACUUAAACCUGGGUACCUGGUCAAAAUAAUGCUUGGGAAACAUUAAAAUUGAGCUAAAUUGUC